CUCCUCCCUAUAACUUCUAAUCUCAAUAGUUUAUCUCUCGGAUAUCUCUAAUACAUCUCUAAGCUCUUCCCAAUGCUUACUGUUAAUUAUCACCAUCGUUUCAUUAUCCUGCUAUUUCUUCUCCUCCCAUGUAUGUUUAGAUGGUUUCUUCUUGCCUCAGCAGCAUACAAAGUUACUCAUCUCCCAGGCUUCUUGCAGCAGAGUACUUUACCUUUCAAUUUAGAAACUGGCUAUAUAGAAGUGGAUGAAUUUUAUGACGUGCAGUUAUUCUACUACUUCAUAGAGUCAGAAAGAAACCCGCGAGAGGAUCCACUUCUCCUAUGGCUUACUGGUGGACCUGGCUGCUCUGCCUUUAGUGGCCUUUCUCUCGAGAUCGGUCCAUUAAAAUUCAUAUCUGAAAGGUACAACGGGAGCUUGCCAAAUUUAGUUUAUCAUCCUUACUCUUGGACCAAGAUUUCCAACAUAAUCUUCCUGGACUCCCCAGUCGGAACUGGAUUCUCUUUUUCCAAUCAUCCAGAAGGUUAUGAAACUGGCGAUAAAUCUUGGUCAAAACAUGCAGUAAUAUUUCUCAGAAAGUGGCUUAAAGACCACCCUCAAUUCCUUUCAAAUCCUCUGUAUAUUGCUGGUGAUUCCUAUGCAGGAAAGGUUGUGCCACUAGUGGUUCAUAAUAUUUUAAAUGGAAAAGACUUGGAGGAGCAGCCAAAAUUUAAUAUCCAGGGCUAUAUGAUUGGUAAUCCAUCAACUGGUGAGUUUAUUGAUUAUAAUGCUCAAGUACCUUUUGCUUUCGGAAUGGGUAUAAUUUCUGAUGAACUAUAUCAGGGCAUUGAUAAGAAUUGUGAGGGUGAAGACUACGAGAAUCCAAAGAAUUCUCCAUGUGCCUCUCUUAUUCAAAUCUUUGAGGAGUUCAAGUCAGAGCUCAUGACAACACAAAUUUUGGAGCCCAAAUGCAGUUUUGCUGCACCCAAACCUAAUUACAUUUCUAAUACAAGAAGGUCUAUGCUAGUACAGCAGAGCUACACAGUUCUUUUCGAGCCUCCAAUUCCUGAUGUCAAGUGCAGAACAUAUUCUUAUUAUCUCAUGUAUAUAUGGGCAAACAACAACGAUGUUCAAGAGGCUCUCAAUGUCAAAAAGGGAAAAGUGAAGGAGUGGCAGAGAUGCAUUCAUGACUUGAAUUAUACAAAGGAUGUAAGAAGCAACCUUGAAUAUCAGGUUAAUAUCACCACUAGCGGCCAUCGUGCAUUGGUUUACAGUGGUGAUCAUGACAUGGUUGUCCCUUUCAUGGGCACAAAGGAGUGGAUAAAAUCCCUAAAAUUCUCCAUCAGAGACCCAUGGAGAUCUUGGCAUGUCAGCGGCCAAGUUGCUGGAUACACAGAAUCUUACUCCAAUAAUAUGACCUUUGCGACUGUUAAGGGUGCUGGACACACUGCUCCAGAAUAUAAGGCUAAGGAAUGUUUAGCCAUGUUUCGAAGGUGGAUUUCUCAUAGAUUACUAUGAUUAAGCUAUUGGAAGUUCCCCUUUUACUGAUUGCUGUAGCUCAACAUGGCAUGUAUGACACCACCCACCUUGAUCUAUUCGUUGGGAGCUCGGGUUACCGGCCAAAAGGUCUUGAAUUUAAUACUUGUAUAUGUGAUGUGCGUAAUUGUAUUAAUAAAUUCACUUAAAAGUCCGAAAAAAGAAUGGCAUGCAUGCAGGGGCAAAACUAGCUAUCUCUUUUGAGGAUGGGUUAAAUAAUAUUAUGAAAUGUAUAUGAAAUAAAAAAAAUAAGUAUUUGAGUAAUUUCAUUUA